AUUUGUUAAGUGUUUUGUAAUAAUUUGGGGGGUUUUGUCGGCGAAACUCGAAUUAAGACUUCCAGGAAUGGAGACGAUUCCCAGUCAGUUGCCUGCGGGACGAGACUCAAGCUCUUCCCCCAACUCCAAACAAGACCUCCAAUCAUAUUCCAGUCCCAGCUCCCUUAAACCCAACCAAGUCAGUGAAACCGCUUUAUACGGAGUACCCAUCGUUUCUUUGGUAAUAGACGGCCAGGAACGGCUUUGCUUAGCGCAGAUCUCCAAUACCUUAUUGAAAAAUUACAGCUACAACGAGAUACAUAAUCGACGCGUCGCUCUUGGAAUCACUUGCGUGCAGUGCACUCCGGUCCAGCUCGAGAUCCUGAGGCGUGCAGGUGCGAUGCCCAUCUCAUCCAGACGCUGCGGAAUGAUCACCAAGCGCGAGGCCGAGCGGCUCUGCAAGUCAUUCAUUGGGGCUCACAACCCCCCCAAACUACCAGAAAAUUUCGCAUUUGAUGUGUCCCACGAAUGUGCCUGGGGGUCCAGGGGUAACUUCAUACCAGCCAGAUAUAAUAGUUCCAGGGCUAAAUGCAUUAAGUGCACAUAUUGCAAUAUGUAUUUUUCUCCAAACAAGUUCAUCUUUCACUCUCAUCGCACGCCCGAGUCGAAGUACACGCAGCCAGACGCAGCUAAUUUUAAUUCUUGGAGGCGCCAUCUCAAACUAACAGACAAAACCUCUACGGAGGACAUGAUCCACGCGUGGGAAGACGUGAAGGCGAUGUUCAACGGGGGCAGCCGCAAGAGGACGCUGCCGAUGGGAGGGACGGAGCGUUCCUCCUCCCUCAAACAACAGGGCUCUGAAGGCCUCUCUCAGAGACGUUCGCCCGACAUCCCCCUCAAAACUCUGCGCUGCGACGAGGACCGCAGCAGCUCGAGCCUCGCAAACAGCGUUCGCAGCUAUCCCGUCAUUCCCGUGCCCAGCAAACAUUUUGGGAUGCUGCAGAAGCUCCCGCCGCCUCUUUUCCCUCAUCCGUACGGAUUUCCUGCUUUUGGAUUGUGUCAAAAGAAAGAUGACAGUGUGGGUUUGGGAGAGCACAACAAGGCUAAUUUGUCAGGAGUGUUUUGGCCAGGGGCGAAGGACAGCGUAUACCCUUCAUUCCCCGUGUUCUGGCCUUCAGCGGGCAGCCUCCCCAUACCACCCUAUCCGCAGUCACAAUCCAAACCACCCACAGAGCUCAUGAACCCCCGGCAGAAUGAGCUAGACGUGUCGGAGCAGAGUGAUCGAAGCACUAACACACCGAAGGACGGCGCAAUGGACAGUGAGAGGAGUUCCAGUGCCCAUUCUGCUCGAAACGAAGAGGACAAAUCUGGGGACGAGGCGAGGUCAAUGGAUGGGGGGUCCAUCUCUCAUAGGAAGGUGAAUUACAUCUCCGCUUUUAGGCCAGUGGUGAAAGACGCGGAGAGUAUAGCGAAGCUUUACGGAAACAGAGAAACUUACAACGGGGCCCGACCUGGCUACCUAUCACCAGACUUCAUGAGCGAGAGUUCCAGCUACCGGUCCGCGUCCCCGGACGUGGAGAGCGUGGAGGAGCCAGACGUGGAUGUGGAAUCGAACAGGAUGCAAGAGGACGAGGAAUCUCUUCAGCUUUCAGUGGGGGACUGUCAGAGCCCCCCGGCCAUGACCUUACCACAUGCUUGUCCUGAAAAGUGUGAGGAAGAGGAGGCAGAGUCAACGGCCGCCCACGAGGACCAGCAGAGGCCGCGGAUAAGCGAGGCAGAAUUCUCUGAUGUAGAAAGAAAUCACGCGUCUCAGCACGAAGUGUGCACACAUGAAAAGGAUAACCACGUGUUGCUGAACAGAUCGCCUACCUUCGGAACAACAACCAACUAUCAGUGCGGCUCGCUGGAUUCGAACGAUGCGCACAAAGAAGAGAGUCCCACGACAACAGAGGACGCGGAACCGAAGGCAAUUUAUCAGGAUUCCGGCAGUGUCUCCACGGAGAGCCAGAAAGAGCCAGGCGGAUGUGAGGAGGCGGUGCGUGGUGAUGUCAACAGCGCGCCACUCAUUGAGACAGAUAUUGAAAACAUGGCGAAAGAUGAAUUGCAGAAACAGCUUGCAGAGCAGGUGGAGCUCAGGAAAAAGCUGGAACGAGAGUUUCAAAGUCUGAAAGAUAAUUUUCAGGAUCAGAUGAAGAGGGAAUUGUCGUACAGAGAAGAGAUGGUUCAGCAGCUUCAGAUUGUCCGAGACACUUUGUGCAGCGAAUUGGACCAGGAGAGGAAGGCUCGUUACGCAAUUCAGCAGAAGCUAAAAGAAGCUCAUGACGCUCUACACCAUUUCUCGUGCAAGAUGCUGACCCCGCGCCACUGCACCGGAACCUGCUCCUUCAAGCCUCCUCUGAUGCCCCCGUAACUCUCACAACUCCUCAUUCAUACCAAUGGCGUCAUUCGCCAGCCCUUAACCGGUGGGUUAUAGCGGCACACAGUGGCAAAGGGCUGCACUACCGCAUGGACAAGCAUCUCACCAGGAACUGGCGCAUU